AUGACGCAAAAUUUUGAAUCUACUCCAAAUAAAAUAAUUAAAAAAAUGAAUAUCAGCCCAUCACCAACAGAUAAACAAUUUCCUGAUCAAACUCAUCCAAUUUUAAAAAGUAUCGACCAAAUUCCUAGGCUCCGAAAACGAGUCCACAUAUCUGCAACAAAUAUUCAUCUUAAAGCAAAUUCUUCAGUCACAACUCCUACUGGAAAAGCUUCAAAAAAUCCCCCUACACAUAAAAAAUCUGAAUCCCAAGUUAUCUCAUCAUCCUUUAUACAAGAACCAAAUAACAGUUUUGUAGAUGAACUAAUAAAACGAUAUUGUUCUGAUGAAAAUUCCGAAUUUGUCGAUCUAACUCAUAAGGUGCAGCGAGUUAAAGCAAUAAAUGUAUUUUGAGAAAAAAGGAUAACAGAAGGGUUUAUCCCAGACGCAAGGGUAGGAAGCACAUUAACGAUGGUGAAUAAUAACUUAUAUUUAUUCGGAGGGCAGUCUGGAGAAAGGCUGAAUGAUAUUAAAAUGCUUAACUAUCGGAAUGGGCAUUGAGAAGGCGUUAAUCACAGAAAUCAAGAUACUGCGCAAGAAAUCCCAGAUCCGAGAGUUGGACAUACUGCAGUUGGAUUUAGAAACUCUUUGGUCGUUUAUGGAGGCGGAGGCGGCUUUAAUUCAACUCUUCAUAUCAGAGGAUGCUUUCCUCUGGUUUAUAUGUUCGAUACAGUAAAUUCUGAAUGAAGAAGUUACAAGCCUUUAGGCAGACUUCCUGAUUCAAGAAGAAACCAUGGAGCAGCUCUAAUAGGAAACACUAUGAUUAUGUAUGGUGGGAUUGAUAGCAAUGGCAAAACCUUAGCAGACCUCCAUGGGCUGAAUCUCGAAUCUAUGCAAUGAUUUUCAAUAAAGCUUGACAAAGCAUCAGAAAAGCCUGGACUGAGACAUUCUUUUACCUUAACUUCUGUAUAUCACCCUGCAGUUUUAAGGCAGUACUCAAACGAUAUUUUUAAUUUACCCAGCAUUCACGACGAGGUCUUUUCCAAAAAGAAUUGCGGAAUAUACCUUUUUGGAGGAAUGAAUAAGAGUGGUAUUGUAUGUAAUGAUUUAUAUAUACUCCAACCUUUAAAAUACAGUCGAGAUUUUUUAAACACUUUAAAAUGAACCAAGCUAGAGCCAUCAGGAAAUUUGCCAAUUCCAAGAUGUGGCCAUUGCACAGUGCUAUGUGGAAACUAUUUGUAUAUAAUAGGAGGCAGAAAUGAUGCACUCUUCAAAAAUGGCUGUGGAGGAGAAGUCAAUGAAAUUUGUGCAUUAAAUAUUGCAAACUGCAGGUGAGAAACGUUAAAACCGUAUGGCUAUGCGCCGUCCCCAAGAUGGGGAGCCUCAGCUUCUACGAUAGGAACACGAAUUUUGUAUUUUGGAGGAAUGGCAUUAAAUAAGUUCAGCCCUAAUCAGCUUUAUUCAUUAGAAACUGACCAUAGCUCUGCAAACGAUCUAAUUAGAUCAUGAGAAAUCGAAGAAGACCAAAGAAAAAUCAGAGAAAAUAACCUAAGGGCAGCAAGCAAAAUAAAGUUUCUAUCACACACAUUAUUAGUCGAAAAAAGAAAAUCAGAACCUCCUGCCAGAAAGGCUGCAAUGCUGAUUUUAGGAGCAACACGCGGCUUGUAA